AUGGUUGUUUCUCACCACAUGCCUAUUGAUGGUCCUCUGUUUUCGGAUCCCACGUUUUACAGGUCUCUUAUUGGUGCUAUCCAAUAUUUGACUAUUACACAACCUGAUAUUGCUCAUGUUGUUAACUCUGUUAGUCAAUUCCUACAUUCCCCGACUGACAACCACUUUCUUACUAUCAAACGCAUUCUUCGCUAUGUUAAGGGCACACUGCAUUUUUGUCUUACUUUUCAUCCAUCUGUUGCUCCCGGUGCUUUAGUUGAUUACUCGGAUGCUGACUGGGCUGGGUGUCUUGAUACUUGCCGUUCUACCUCUAAUUACUCUAUUUAUCUUGGUGACAAUUUAGUUCCUUGGAGUGCAAAAAAAUAA